UGUGUGGGUAGUGGCUUCUUAAAGAAUAACAAUUUUACUAAGUUGUCCAGGUAGAGCCUUUUCUAAGGAAUGGUUAUCCGGUUGCCUUGGAGAUGAUCCUGCUGCUGUAAAUGUAGGGCUGGAGACGGAUGGUGUGGGCAGGAUGGACCUGAUGAACGGACAGCCCAGCAGUGUCAACAUUGCAGCCACUGCUUCAGAGAAGAGUAGCAGCUCUGAGUCCUUGAGUGACAAAGGGUCAGCUGAGCUGAAGAAGAGCUUUGAUGCCGUGGUGUUUGAUGUUCUGAAGGUCACUCCGGAGGAAUAUGCGGGUCAAAUAACGCUAAUGGAUGUGCCUGUAUUUAAAGCAAUUCAGCCAGAGGAGCUGGCAAGCUGUGGCUGGAAUAAAAAAGAGAAAUACAGUUCUGCACCGAAUGCUGUUGCUUUCACCAGAAGAUUCAAUCACGUAAGCUUCUGGGUUGUUAGAGAGAUUCUGCAUGCACAGACUUUGAAAAUACGAGCUGAGGUUUUGAGCCACUACAUUAAAACUGCAAAGAAACUGUACGAGCUGAAUAAUCUCCAUGCCCUCAUGGCAGUGGUGUCAGGCCUACAGAGCGCUCCGAUCUUCAGGCUGACCAAGACGUGGGCGUUACUGAGCCGGAAGGAUAAAGCCACCUUUGACAAGUUGGAGUAUGUGAUGAGUAAAGAAGAUAAUUACAAAAGGCUUAGAGACUAUAUCAGUAGCUUGAAGAUGACUCCUUGUAUUCCCUAUUUAGGUAUUUAUCUGUCAGACUUGACAUAUAUUGACUCUGCCUACCCAUCCACAGCGAGCAUUCUGGAAAGUGAGCAAAGAACAAACUUAAUGAACAACAUUCUCCGAAUUAUCUCAGACUUGCAGCAGUCCUGUGAAUAUGAUAUUCCUAUGUUGCCUCACGUCCAAAAAUAUCUCAACUCAGUGCAGUACAUAGAAGAACUACAAAAGUUUGUAGAAGAUGACAAUUACAAACUUUCAUUAAAGAUAGAACCAGGGACCAGCACCCCCCACUCUGCUGCUUCCAGAGAAGAUUUAGUAGGCUCUGAAGUCGGAGCAUCUCCACAGAGCGGACGGAAGAACGUGGCAGCUGAGGGAGCUUUGCUGCCACCAACACCCCCUUCUCCUCGGAACCUCAUACCCCACGGGCACAGGAAAUGUCACAGUCUGGGAUACAAUUUCAUACACAAGAUGAACACGGCGGAAUUUAAAAGCGCGACAUUCCCCAACGCGGGCCCCAGGCACCUCCUGGAUGACAGCGUCAUGGAGCCCCACGUCCCAUCCCGAGGCCAGGCCGAGAGCUCCACCCUUUCCAGUGGCAUUUCAAUAGGUAGCAGUGAUGGUUCUGAACUCAGUGAAGAGACAUCCUGGCCAGCAUUUGAAAGGAACAGGUUGUACCAUUCUCUCGGUCCGGGGACAAGAGUGUCACGAAAUGGCCAUCGAGGCCACAUGAAGGCCAGCAGCUCCCUAGAAUCUGAAGAUUUGGCUGUUCAUUUGUAUCCAGGAGCAGUUACUAUUCAAGGUGUUCUCAGGAGGAAGACUUUGUUGAAAGAAGGCAAAAAACCUACAGUAGCAUCUUGGACGAAAUACUGGGUAGCUCUGUGUGGGACCCAACUCUUCUACUACGCUGCAAAAUCCCUGAAGGCCACAGAGAGAAAACAUUUCAAAUCCACACCCAGCAAGAACGUGUCGGUGGUGGGCUGGAUGGUGAUGAUGGCAGAUGACCCUGAGCACCCAGAUCUCUUCUUAUUGACUGACUCUGAGAAGGGAAAUUCGUAUAAAUUUCAAGCUGGGAACAGAAUGAAUGCAAUGCUCUGGUUCAAACACCUGAGUGCUGCCUGCCAAAGCAACAGACAACAGGUUCCUGCCAACUUGAUGACCUUUGAAUAACAGGCUAAUUCCAAACAAA